AUGACAAACACUGAACCCAUCGCCCUCAUCGGCAGCGCGUGCCGGUUCCCUGGGGAGUCCGAUACCCCUUCAAAGCUCUGGGAGCUUCUGAAACAACCACGAGACCUCCUCCGCAAAGUUCCCCAAGACAGAUUCAAUGCGGAUGCAUUUUACCAUCAAGAUGGGAAGCAUCACGGGACGUCUAAUGUCCGUCAUUCAUAUUUUCUCGAAGAAGACCCAGCCGCCUUCGAUAACGGGUUCUUCAAUAUUCCGGCAGGCGAGGCGGAGGCUAUUGAUCCUCAGCAGAGGAUGCUUAUGGAAACCGUCUAUGACUCGCUCUGUGCCGCGGGACAGACUGUUGAGGGGCUCCGCGGCUCGCCCACCUCUGUUUUUGUCGGUGUUAUGUGCGGUGACUGGGAUGGCAUGGUGUCAAGAGACAUGGAAAGCUACCCCCAGUACGGAGCCACAGGAACGGCGCGCAGUAUUAUGUCGAACCGGAUCUCGUAUUACUUUGACUGGCAUGGUCCGUGUAUGACGAUUGACACGGCUUGCUCGUCAAGUCUUGUUGCCGUCCACCAAGCUAUCCAGACCCUUCAAAGUGGCGAAUCCAAUGUUGCUAUCGCCGCAGGAGCCAACUUGAUCCUCAGUCCAGCUAUGUAUGUGGCCGAGAGCAAGCUUUCUAUGCUCUCUCCUGAAGGCAGGUCACGAAUGUGGGAUAAAGACGUUGAUGGAUAUGCCCGUGGUGAGGGAAUUGCAGCCGUGGUUCUGAAACCGCUCAGCGCGGCAAUUCGUGACAAUGAUCAUAUCGAGUGCAUCAUUCGAGGCACUGGUGUUAACCAAGAUGGCCGAACUCCGGGACUUACUAUGCCAAGCGGAAGAGCACAGGCUGCUUUAAUACGGAACACCUAUCUUCGGGCCGGCCUUGACAUUAGCAAGAUUGAGGACCGACCGCAAUUUUUCCAUGCCCACGGGACUGGGACGGCUGCUGGCGAUCCUCAGGAAGCCCAGGCAAUCUCGGAGGCAUUCUAUCCACACGACAAUUUUGACGACAAGCUCUAUGUUGGCUCUAUCAAGACGGUCAUAGGGCACACUGAAGGCACAGCUGGCCUGGCUAGUCUUAUUGGUACCUCCUUGGCCCUUCAGAACAAGCUUAUACCCCCCAAUAUGCAUUUCCAGACGCUAAACCCAAGGCUGGAACCUUACUACCACCACUUGGAGGUUCCCACGAAGUGUAUCCCUUGGCCGGACACACACACAGGACAGCCCCGACGGGCGAGCAUUAACAGCUUUGGAUUUGGUGGCACUAACGCCCAUGCCAUCCUUGAGGCAUACGAGGCGCCCAAUAGCGAACCAGAGCAGGAGCAGACUAAGUGCAGCUCAGCACUUCUUUUCAGCCCUUUCAUUUUCUCGGCGGCUUCUGAGUCCUCCUUACGGGCGUUGCUUUCGUCCUAUCUUGCCUACCUGCAAUUGAAUCAGCCUGUGGAUCUAAGUGACCUGGCAUACAGCUUGCAAUCACGAACAUCAACUCUACCGUAUCGAGUUGCUAUUACGGCGUCGACCAGAGAAAGCUUAUGCGAACAGAUAAGUGACAUCGUUGAUAGCAAGGUUGACAGUACCAUCGGUACGAGACAGCUUGCAAAGUCGUCUCCAAAAGUCUUGGGUGUCUUCACUGGUCAGGGUUCUCAAUGGGCAAAAAUGGGAGCUCAACUGAUCCACAAAUCCCCGUUUGUGACCCAGCGAUUGUCGGAGCUUGACAGAGCAUUGGCCGAGGCGCCUGCAAGCCAACGUCCGCAAUGGACUCUUCAAGAAUUAAUUCUUGCUGACCCAGAGGUUUCGAGGAUGAACGAGGCGGCGGUUUCGCAGCCGGUCUGCACUGCAGUCCAGAUCGUACUUGUCGAUCUACUCAGGUUUGCUGGUGUCAACCUGCACACGGUCGUUGGGCACUCGUCUGGUGAAAUCGGAGCCGCAUACGCUGCUGGCCUUCUCUCUGGCCGUGAUGCCAUUCGAGCUGCGUACUACAGAGGGCUUUACGCCCACUUGGCCAAGUCCCCCAACGGUAGUAAGGGUUCUAUGAUGGCUGUGGGCACGACCUUUGAGGACGCGACCGAGUUCUGCGAGCUCGAGGAUUUCGAGGGACGAAUCCAAGUUGCUGCCCAGAACUCACCAUCCAGUAUUACCCUGUCAGGUGACGAAGAUGCUAUCAUGGAGGCUAUAGAGAUAUUCAAGGAUGAAGGUAAGUUUGCCCGUCAACUAAAGGUUGACACAGCCUAUCACUCAAUGCACGUUAAGCCGUGCUGUGAGCCGUAUCGGGAAGCCCUGGUACAAUUCCAACCCGAUAGUCCCAUUCCGACUGGGACCAAGUGGUACUCUAGUGUGUACAAGGGCAGGGUCAUGGGUCUCGACCACUUAGGAGCACAAUACUGGAUUGACAACAUGGCGAAUCCUGUACUUUUCGCUCCCGCCGUCACCACCGCAUGGGAUGAGAGCGGUCCGUUUGAUAUAGUGAUUGAGGUGGGGCCUCAUCCUGUGCUCAAGACCCCUUGUCUCGAUACAAUCGAGGACAUUUGUGGAGAGCGGCCUCCAUACUCUGGAGUAUUGAGACGGGGCGGUAAUGAUGUCGACGCCUACUCCGACGCUCUCGGAUUUAUCUGGACUCACCUGGGGCCAGGGUCCGUCGACUUUGUCAGCUAUGAGAGGGCAAUCUCGCAGAGCUCCACAGCUCGACAGUUCUUGACUAAUCUACCCAAGUAUCCUUUCGAUCACUCUAGGCAAUUCAUGUCUUUGUCCCGAGUAUCAGGAAUCUACCGGGAUACCCAGGGGACACCGCAUCCUCUGUUAGGUAGGCGGUGUCACGAUCGUGAGACCUCUGAGCUCGCUCAAUGGCGGAAUAUUCUGAGCCCAAGGGAGAUUCCCUGGAUGGCAGGCCAUCAAAUCGAAAAUCAAAUCACUUUACCUGCUACUGGCUAUCUUUGCAUGGCCAUUGAGGCUAUCGGUGACUAUGUUGGGCGCUCAAACAUGGGUCUAAUCGCUGUUCGAGACCUUCGCAUUCACCGAGCCCUUGUUUUCAGCGAUGACAGCCCUGAGGUUGAGACCUUGGUUGACCUUCAUAUUGUCAGCCGCACUAAGGAGGCCAUUACGGCUCAGUUUUCGUGCUUCUCGGGGGCGCCACAUGAAAGCAAGCCCAUGAUAGCCAGCGCCAACGGUACGGUGGAAGUGACAUUCGCGACGCCCGAGGCUGGGAUUCUCAGCAGCCAAGAGAUUGACGACCUGAACCUCAACGAGCUUGACCCGGAGCGAUUCUACAAAUUCCUGUCUGGCCUUGGGUACAACUAUGCGCCGCCUUUCCGAGGUACCACCAACAUCCGACGCAAGGCCGAUUAUGCCGUCGGAACGAUCAGGGAUCAAUCGGGCAUGCAGUGGGAAGAUCAGCUUAUCGUUCAUCCCGGCAUGCUAGAUACGGCUCUACAAACUGGAUUCGCCGCAUUCUGCUGCCCUGGUGACGAGAGACUGUGGGGUCUACACCUUCCUACAGGUAUUCGUUCGGUGCUAGUCAAUCCUUAUUUCAGUCCUAUUGGCAUUGGGAAGCAGACUGAGCUGCGAUACCUCACCGUUAGCAAGCAGGAUAAGAGCGCUAAGAUCUCUGCUGAUGUUCAUCUGUUCGCUGGUGAGUCCAAUCAGGCAUUUUUGCAGAUGGAGGGGACAGAUCUUGUUCCUCUGGCUCCCGCCGUCCCGAGCAACGACGCGGUUCUAUUCUCGAGGUUUGACUACAAACUCGCAAGCCCCGAUGGUGAUGCUGCAGCGUUGCCAGAUGCUUACAGUCGUGCCGACUUUGAACUGGGUAUUGACGAGGAGCGAAUUUCCUUCUACUAUCUCCGUCGACUUCUGGAGCUUGUCACCAAAGAGGAUGUGGACAGGUCGCUGCCACAUUACCGUCAUCUUCUCAACUACGCAGCGCGCAUGGUACCUCCGGUUAUCAAAGGGGAGAAUCCGUACAUCCCGGCAAGCGCUCAGUAUGACACAGAAGAUUUUAUCAACAAACUGAUCGCCAAGCAUUACGACAACAACUCCGUUCGCCUUUUGCAAUCCGUCGGUAGCAACCUUCCCGAGACAGUUCGCUCAGGGGCCAGUAUCCUUGAGCACAUGGUGAAGGAUUCGAUGUUGGAUAGGAUCUAUGAGGAUGGCUUCGGUCUUAAUCCGAUCAACGACUCUAUAGCACGCAUGGUUGGCCAAAUAGCCCAUCGGUAUCCUCGCAUGAAUAUUUUCGAAAUUGGUGCUGGAACGGGUGGUUCGACGAAGAGAAUCCUACAGACAUUGGGAUCGGCCUUUUCCACCUACACGUAUACUGAUGUUUCUAGUAGCUUUUUCGGACAAGCACAAGAUCUUUUCAAGGACUUCGAAGACCGCAUGGUGUUCAAAACCUUUGACAUGGAUCAGACACCGGAGUCGCAGGAUUUCGUUGAGGGAUCCUACGACAUUGUCAUCGGAUCUAACGUGUUGCAUGCCACAGUGGACAUGGAGAAGAUGAUGCAGAACGUCCGUCGGCUCUUGAAACCGGGAGGUUAUUUGAUCAUUUUGGAAAUCGUGGACAACAGCACUCUCCGUGUCGGAUUGACAUUUGGAAGUCUGCCAGGGUGGUGGCUAGGAGCGGAAACUGGGCGAGAACUCGGACCCACGCUUACCCUACCGCAAUGGGAUAACUUGCUCGGUAGCUGUGGAUUUGGCGGCAUCGAAACCUCGACCCCCACUAUUCACCCACUUAUUCCCCUGCAUGUGUUCUGCGCCCAGGCUGUGGACGAGCGAGUCCAGAUGCUUCGUGAACCGCUUAGCCAUCCGAUGCAGCUUCCUGUUCCGACCGCUCCCUGUCUUGUGGUGGUUGGGGGAACGAAGUUCGGGACGCACCGCGUGUGUGGACAGCUCAUUUCUCUCUUGCGCCCUAUGUUCGCUCAAGUCCAGCGAGUUCUCUCCAUUGAAGAGCUCAGCCCGGGUAACCUGGUCGAGGGCAGCACGCUUCUCUCACUGGCGGAGCUAGACCAGCCCAUCUUUGCUACGAGCACCUUCCAAAAGUUUGAAGCUUUGAAGACAAUCUGGCGCCGCGCAAAGAACAUUCUCUGGGUCAGUACGGGAGCGAGAGCGGAAAAUCCACACUCCCAGAUGAUGAACGGCAUCGCCCGUUGCAUGCGGUCAGAGUAUCCCAAUAUUACUCUGCAGAUACUAGAUGUUGAUCAUAUAACGAAAGACACGGGUAAUCUGAUCGCAGAGCAUCUGCUCCGUCUAGAGAUGCUUGGCAAGUGGUCCACAGGGCUACCGGCCGAGGAGCUAAUGUGGUCCCUGGAGCCAGAAGUGUACAUCGAGAACGCCACCAAGCUGAUUCCGAGAUUGUACCCUUGUGAAGCCAGCAACAAGAGGUAUAAUACCGCACGCCGAGUUGUGACGGAUGAGGUUGAUCCCCAACACACUUCACUCACCUUUACCAUGGAAGAGGGUAUUCGGGAAGUGCAGCGCCACUCUCCAUUGCAUAUGCACCCUGCUCUGCCUUUCAGCUGUGAAACUAGAACAAUCCGUGUGACGCAUUUCUUCUUGUCAACACUCAGUAUCGUCAGCGGAGCACACCUCAGGCUUUGUGUCGGGGUGGACAUUCGCACCCAGGAAACACUCUUUGCUGUUUCCCCAACACUGCAAUCACCCGCAAUGGUUCCCGCAGACUGGUGCAUUACCCUAGACCGCCAGACUGACCCCGUCGCCAUGCUUAGUGCCAUCUCAUCCUACCUGGUGGCCCAUAGCAUCAGUCAACUCGCCAGCACUGGAGACAUGCUUGUUGUUCAUGAGCCCCAUCCAUACGUGGUAGAUAUCUUGCAAAACCUGCUUGGUAGCAGGUCGAUCGGAUUGCAGAUCACCACUUCCGAGAAGAACCCUGGGAAAGAAUGGCUGUUUGUGAACAAGAACUUCCCUGAGCGUGUCGUGAGAGACAUUUUGCCCUCUACGACUACAAAGUUCCUCGAUCUUUCUGCGAAAUCCGAGGCAGCUCGUGUUAUUGUGAGGUGCCUGCCGCGAAGCUGUCAGAUCAUUGACCCUGCUACUGUGCUCUAUGCCAGAACGGAACUUCGGGCAUCCGUUUCCAGGGAAGAAGUCACCGACGUGUUGAAGCAAGCUUAUGACCAUAUCGGUUCAUACGCCGAAGCGGCAAAGGACAUCCCAGUCAUCCAACUGAAGGAUGUCACAAACCACUCUGGGCCGCCUACAGGUCACUUUUCCCUCGUUGAUUGUACCGGGCCGUCCGUUCAGGCCGUGGUCCGCCCCAUUGAUGAGGGAACUCUAUUUCACGCGAAAAGAACAUAUCUCUUGGUUGGUCUAUCUGGAGAGCUAGGGCAAUCCCUCUGCAAGUGGAUGGUGGCUCAUGGCGCGAAGCACGUGGUGCUCACAAGUCGACGGCCCAAGAUCAAUCCCAAGUUCAACCGGCUCAUGGAGCACAUGGGAGCGAUGGUCAAGAUACUUCCCAUGGAUGUGACCAACCGCGAAUCGGCACGAGAAUGUUAUGAAACGAUUGUCAAGACCAUGCCCCCACUGGCAGGAGUCGCAAAUGGCGCUAUGGUGCUUAGGGACAACCUCUUUGACAAGAUGCCCUACGAAGACUUCAUGGCUGUUACCAACCCCAAGGUUCUUGGAUCGCUCAUCUUGGACGAACUGUUCCAUGAUACCCCAUUGGACUUCUUUGUCUAUUUCUCUUCAACCACAGCCGUCCUGGGAAACAGUGGACAGAGUAAUUAUGCCGCUGCCAACCAGUUUAUGAGUGCGCUUGCGGCGCAGCGAAAGAAACGUGGUCUGGCUGCCUCAUCCAUAGAUAUCAGCUCCAUCAUCGGCAUUGGCUAUGUUGAGCGAGACAAUGUCGUCGACGAGUUCACUUUCACAAAGAUGGGCUACAGACCCAUGUCCGAACAGGAUCUUCAUUAUGCCUUCGCUGAGGCGAUACUGAUUGGUAACCCUGCCCACCCUGGGCCAGGGGAACUCGUUACCGGAGUGUCGCCGCUUCACCUCGGUGAUCAGGCAUCUGACCAGUUCUUCAGAGACCCCAAGUUCGGCCAUUAUAUCUUAGAACGUCCCGAGGAGCAGGCAUCCAUGGGAAAUGCUUCCCAUAAUCAGCCGGUCAGAGCACAGCUUGCAGCGGCUAAAACCAAGGUCGCUGUAUUUUCCAUCAUCAAAGAUGCAUUCCUCACACGGCUAAGACGUAUCUUGGCGGUAUCAUCUGAUGCAGAUAUCAAUGACAAGGUGACGUUUGUUGAACAAGGCAUCGACUCAUUGAUGGCUGUUGAAGUUCGUUCGUGGUUCUUCAAGGAGCUAGGGGUCGACUUCCCUGUCCUAAGAAUCCUCGGCGGCAGUUCUAUUGCAGAUCUACUAGAGGAAUCUGUCAGGUUGCUACCCAGCUCUAUUGUCGACAUCUCCAAGCUUGAAGCUGGUCAGAAAGAAAAAGGUGAACCGGCUUCAAAGCCAGCCGCAGCCGCUGCCAAGGUGGAGGAGAAAGCCCCUCGGCCGAACGUCGACAUCUCGUCAAGUUCAAGCUCAAGCAGCGACAGAAGCUCGGACACGGGACACACACCUCCAAGAACACCUACAUCAGGGACGGUCACACCAGCAUUCGCGGAGGAUGGGAGUGCUGGGUCGUCCUCAUCUCUGAAGGCCAAAAAUGUUGCUGAAGAGCCGGAUGCUCAAGCAGUAAAGCCAUUGUUGCAAGACGAAGUAGUCUGUCCUAUGUCGUUCGGUCAGAGUUCAUUCUACUUCCUGGACAAUUACUUGACCGACAAGACAGCUUUCAACAUGGCAGUCAUGUUCAAGUUAACUGGUACUCUCCGGGUAGAGGAUCUUGAAGAAGCUGUCAGGAUGACUGCUAAGCGCCACGAGAUCCUGCGCACCCGAUUCUUCUGGGCAGGUGACGGCAGCAAGAAAGAGCCCAUGCAGGCAAUUGCGUCUGAGUCCAUGUUAAAAUUGUCCCAUAAAGGCAUCGCGUCGGAAGAUGAAGCGAACCAGGUGCUGGAAAUGGUCCGUAAUCAGACAUGGGAUCUCAGCAGCAUGGAUACCUCCAGGGUGCUAUUGCUGACCUUAUCCGAUGAGGUCCACUUCAUUAUUAUCUCUAUGCACCAUAUCAUGGCCGAUGGAUAUAGUUUCAGUGUCCUACUUCGGGAUCUUGACGUCGCCUACAGGACGAAACACUUGCCACCCUUGCCGGUUGAGUCGCAAUACCGAUCAUUUGCUAGUCAGCAAAGACGUUUGCAUGAACUGGGUGGGACGAGCGAAAGCAUUCGCUACUUCAAGGAGACACUAUCGCCUACUUCGGCAUACUUGCAACCCAUUCAGCUCUUGCCGUUUGCCAAGUCAACCACACGACAGCCUCUGACCAGGUACUCCCAGGAAGAGGCCAAAAUCCAGAUCGGACAAGAUCUCAACGACAAAAUCCGCAACUUGGCGCGAAAGCAUAAGUCUACCUCUUUUCAUGUUUACCUGGGUGCGCUGCAGGUUCUUCUCUUCAAUUUGCUUCCGAGCAGCUCCCGAGAGAUCUUCAUCGGCAUCGCGGAUGCAAACCGAAAGAACGACGGGUUCCUCCAGAGCGUAGGGUUCUUUUUGAACCUUCUGCCUCUGCGCUUCGAACGAGGGAGUGCAGACACUAAGUUGGCUUCCAUAAUCCAGAACGCUCGUGACACGGCAUAUGGUGCACUGUCCCACUCCGAGGUUCCAUUUGACGUCCUCCUGCGAGAGCUCAACAUUCCGCGCUCGAAUGAUCACACCCCACUCUUCCAGGUCUUCCUUGAUUACAAACAAGUUGCCCAAGGCCUUUCUUCGUUGGGAGAAUGUAAGCUCAGUGAUGCGGCCUGGCGCAACACAAGCACGGGUUACGACCUCAUCUUGGAUGUCAACGAACAUAUGAACAUGCCUGCUAUCAUACACCUGCGACUCCAAAGCACCUUGUAUUCUAAAGAAAGCACUGACAUGCUGCUUCGGUCAUAUAUCAGUGUCUUGGAAUACAUGGCGAACGCAGAGGACGGUAUGGUUGGAGAUGUACCCGCAUGGUCUACCUCUGACAUCCAGGCCGCCUUAGCGAUCGGAGCAGGUAUUCCUCUCAACACCCAAUGGCCAGCUACAGUAAGUGAGCGUCUCGAUGAGUUGAUCGCGAAGCAACCUGCACGGCCUGCCCUAAAGGAUGGGAAUGGGGUAGCCUUGACUUACAAGGAAAUGGGCGCUCGCAUUGAUUGCAUAACAAAUAUGCUUUUAUCCUCUGGGAUUCAGCAGGGUACCGUCGUUGGUGUUUUCCAAGAACCGUCGGCGGACUGGAUUUGCUCAAUGCUGGCGAUUCUUCGUGCGGGUUGUGUUUACUUGCCUCUCGAUUUGAGGAAUUCGAUUCCUCGCCUCGCCAGCAUUGUCAAGGCGGCGCAACCUUUGAUCAUGCUUACGGACCACACCACAACUGAUAAGGUCGCGCUUAUUGGCGCCGGAUAUGCCACUGAGGUGCUGCUCUCCAGUACCGAUACUUCGAAGUGGGCUGGUGUAUCACGCAACUGUGCAGAACGUGAUGCUCCAGCCGUCAUGCUGUUUACCAGCGGAACUACUGGCGAGCCAAAGGGCAUCAUAAUGAAGAACCAGAAUCUAAUCGCUAACGCCGAAGCAAACAGCCACAUCUAUGGUGCAACGCCUGAUCUGGUUGUUCUUCAACAAAGCGCAUUCAGCUUCGACUUUUCGCUCGACCAGACUCUAGCCGCAUUGACUAAUGGUGGCUGUCUGUACGUGGUGCCCGCGCGCUAUAGAGGCGAUCCGAUGGAAAUAAGCAAGAUCAUGCUGGACGAGAAGGUCACCUAUACCUCGAGCACUCCCUCCGAGUACGAUAUGUGGCUACGGUACGCCGCUGACACCCUUAGUCGUUGUGACUCUUGGAGACAUGCGUUCUCUGGUGGCGAGGCCAUGAGCCGCGGCGUGGCUCUUGGAUUCCGUAAUCUUGGCCUCUCACAGUUGCGCGCCUUCACCGGUUACGGACCCGCCGAGACGACAUGUUUCUCCACGAAAUUCGAGCUCAAUUAUCAAUCACUGCCUGAACCCCUCCCAGCAGGCUUCAUGUUGCCAGGAUACACCUGCGUCAUUGUCGACGAGGACUUGCGACCAGUGCCAGCAGGUGUGGCUGGUGAGAUUGUCAUUGGCGGCCCAUGCGUGGUUUCGGGCUAUCUCGGUAAUCCAGAAUCAACGAUGCAAAAGUUUAUUCCCGACACCUUCUUUGGGACCUCGACGACUAUGUAUCGUAGCGGUGACCGGGGCCGCCUGAUGAGUGAUGGCACGCUGUACUGCGACGGUCGCCUCGAAGGUGAUUCUCAAGUCAAGCUGCGAGGUUUCCGUGUUGAGCUGGUCGAGGUCGAGAAAGCCAUUGUCAAGCACGCCAGCGGUGCCAUCUCGCAAGCCGUCGUCACGCUGCGCGGAAGCGGGGAGGAGGGCUUCUUGGCGGCACACGUCGUCUUCGUACCUGAUUUCCCGAGAGAAUCUCGGGAAAGAACAAUCCAGGCGAUCCGGUACAGCUUACCUCUCCCGCCAUACAUGCGACCUUCUGCCAUCGUGCCGCUAGAUGACAUUCCCCGCACUGCCCAUCUGAAGGUCGACCGGCGCGCACUCCAGGCAUUGCCCGUCGAGCAAGGAACGACCGAGAAGGCAGCAGACGGAAAGAAUGCUUCCGAUCAGCUCACUGAAAGCGAGCUGAAGCUGAGCGAGCUUUGGCGUCAGGUCAUGCCGCUCGAUCCCGGCCCGCUUACACCCGAAUCCGACUUCUUCUUGGUUGGCGGCAACUCCAUUCUCCUGGUGAAAUUGCAGCAGCUGUUGAAAACAUCAGUUGCUGCCGCUCCACAACUUGUGACCCUGAUGGGCGCUCCUACUCUUAGGGCCAUGACUGCAGUGAUUAGAGCCAGUCGUUCGGGCGGGGCCAUUGACUGGGAAGUUGAGACUCGGCUUCCUCACUGGGCGAUGCAGCCCCUGGAAACGAGUAUUGCAGGUCUGACAAGAGAUUCUGAUUCCAUCACAGUGUUGUUGACAGGUUCUGGCGGGUAUCUAGGACGCCAUUUACUUCCUAGUUUGGUCAAUGACCGGAAGGUCUCUCGAGUGUACUGCCUGGCUCGCCAGCUCCCCGGUGACGGCGACAAUGAAAAUGCCGACCCCAAACUAAGCUUGAUUCAAUCAGACGUUUCUCAGCCAAAUCUAGGCCUCUCGGAUGAAGCCUAUGCCACUCUGGUCGCCGAGGUUGAUGCUAUUGUCCACUGUGCGGCUAACCGGUCUCUCUGGGACCAAUACGAGGUGCUUCGGCCGGACAACUACGACUCAGUCAAGGAGCUCGCGAAACUCGCCACAGCCACACGUCGUCCUGUUCCCUUCCACGUUCUAUCUUCUGGCGCUGUCGCUUCUUUCGACGAGAGUGGUGCCCUUCCGCCGCAGGAUGGGAGCGAUGGAUACCUGUCCAGCAAGUGGGCAGCUGAAAAGUUCCUGCAUCGAUUCGCCGCGGCAACCGGGAUCCCUGUUUUCAUUCAUCGCCCGGAGCCAACUCCCCGUGCUAGUGACAGAGCAUCGACCAGUAAUACCACCGCCGACGCCGCCGUGGUGCUCGACCAGUUGGUGACUAUCGCGGCGAGUCUACGCUUGAGGCCUGCCUUCGACGGGGUCACCGGCGCAAUCCACCUCCGGCACGUGGAUCAGGUCGUGCAGGCGAUUCACCAGAGUCUCUUCCACACCUCAGCGGGUGCUGGCUCAACUGAUCUUGACAUCGGCCACAGUGGGGCUGCAUCCAACCCACGCAUCCUGCACCACGAAGCUAUUGUUCGCAUCGCGGUCGAGGACCUGCAGGAAUGCUUUGACCGUGACGAUACCGUGCGCCUGCUACCAGGUUUCCCAGUUUUGGACUGGUUUGGCAAAGCGAAGCGAGCCGGAUUGGACUAUAUGAUUACAUCCUGGGAGCUGGUCAUGGGCGCAGGCCGCGAGGUGGUUUCUCGGCGCUAGCUGUUGUCUGAGGCUGCAUUGGUCACCACUGAAAAGCUGUUUGUUUAGAUUUUCUGUAGUUUAGUUUUGUCUGUGU